AUCACAGAGUGCAGGAAGCUCAAGAUGAAGACAAGUUAUCAAAUGUUAUCAUUAAAACAAAUUCCGGUAUGUGCAAUGGUCCUCUUGAUCAAUACCUUGGUCUCGGUUCAGAAACACGGAGAACUUCAACAUGGGUCCCUAAUCCUUAUGGUAUAGAAAUUGGGGAUCCUAAGACAAUCCCGAAUGGAUAUGAGGAGAGAUGGGUUUUGGAUAUCCAUGCUAUAGAUACUCGAGGGGUGAAGGAUCGAUUAGGGUGCACUGAGUGUAAGUGUAGUCUCUACAAUGUGACUAAGGAUGAAUCCGGAUAUCCUCUGAGAAAAAAUUAUAUUGGAGGGCUUAAUUGUUGCUAUGAUAAGACUCAAUGCCAAUUAAGAGAGGGAUUCGGUGGUGGCGAGAUCAGGAAACUCUAUUUAAGAUAUAGUGUAAAGUGGACUCAGUGGAAUGAGAGUAUUAUACCUGUCAAGAUUUAUAUACUUGAUGUCACUGAUACAGGGAGGAUACCAGGAGGUGCUAGUUCAAGUUGCAAGAUAGAAUACCAAGUUGAUCAAUGUGAACCACAAACAGUACAUAGUGGAAAAUGUGUUGAUACCAAGAAGGCAAUAGUAAUUAUUCCCAAAGGAGGAGAUAUUGUGUACGCAGUUGGCCAUCAACAUUCAGGGGGGCUGGGUUCUUCUGUCUAUGGCCAGGAUGGAAGGGUCUUGUGCACUUCGAUGCCAACCUAUGGAAAUGGAAACGAAGCGGGAAAUGAGGAGGGCUACGUUGUUGGAAUGUCGACCUGUUAUCCAGAGCCAGGCUCCGUCAAGAUUGAAGAUGGAGAGUUUCUGACAAUUGAAUCCAACUAUAACAACUCCCAGAUGCACACUGGAGUUAUGGGACUCUUCUAUAUCAUGAUAGCCGAACCACAACCAGAGCCGAAGUCCGUGAUUCUAUUCCACAACUUAUCGUUGCUCUGGAGACGAGAACUCACCAAAUGUUGGCCGGCGUUAUUUCUUGUUGGUGGGGUUGUGGCUAUCAUCAUCACUAUUAGCUAUAGCCGAAGAUAUAAUGAAGGCUACCUAUCUCUGUAAACAAUUUUUCCGACCUUAGUUUAAUGUAAUAUUAUAACAGGUUUCUCUGUGUUAGCUAUGUAUGUACCAUUAUUUGUGCCAAUAUCUUAUGGUACUAUAUUGAUAUAUGAUUUUCCCCCCCUCCAAAAACCGGAACUUCGUCCAGG